AUGGAACUCAACCGAGAACAUUUUCGCGCCAUAAUUUAUUACAACUUUCAGAGACAAUUAUCGCAACAAGAAUGCCUUGCUAAGUUACUGUCUGUUUUCGGCAACGAAGCGCCACAUCAGUCGACAAUUUCCCGUUGGUAUGGAGAACUCAAACGUGGACGGGUGAGUCUUAGCGACGAUCCCAGGGUGGGUGCGCCAAAAACAGCAGUCACCCAGGAAAACAUCGAUGCUGUGCGCAAACUCAUCAUUGAAGAUAGACAUGUGACAUUUCGCGAGAUUGAGGCGUCCUUGAAGAUCUUAAAGACCUCAAUUCAAAAAAAUAUACAUGAAGAAUUAGGAGUAAGAAAAUUACAAGCAGCCAGGGUUAAUUGGGGUCAAAAAACGCUUGACCGUUUCAAUUCCGGAAACUCAAAACAUGUGUACAGCAUUGUUAGUGGUGAUAAAUCGUGGAUUUACCGUUAUGAAUCAGAAAAUAAACGACAGUUGGCUGUUUGGGUGUUCCAAGUCAUCCGUUCUCGAAGUGUUUCGAAAAAGAUGGUCGCGACAUUUGGAACUGUUACUGCGGAUUGGUAUACCACCACUUGUUUGCCAAAAGUCAUCACCGAGCUUCGAAAAAUCAACGCCGAAAGAAAAAUCAUCCUCCACCAAGCCAAUGCAAGCUCGCACACAGCCCAAAAAACAAGGCAGUAUUUAACAGAAGAAAACGUGGAAUUAUUGGACCAUCCUCCAUAUAGUUUCGAUCUAAGUCCCAACGGUUUCUUUACUUUCCCGAAAAUUAAAAACAGACUGCGUGGUCAAAGGUUUCAGUCACCAGAAGAAGCAGUUGACGCAUUCAAAAAUGCCGUUUUGUAUCUGCUAGCAAACGAGUGGAAUAAGUGCUUCGAAAAUUGGUUCGAAAAACAAUAA